GACAUCUGCUUGCUUGAUCAGAGUGGCGGCUCAAGUGAACACAACAUUGGAGUGUCUCGGGCCGAGUGUGGACCAAGUGUAAAGCCAUGGUGAUUCAUAGUAUUGAUGAGUUGGUAAGUGGUAGAAGAGGAAUGGGGAAAGUAGGAGGAUUUGAAGAGUUGAUUGGGGACUUGCCGCUGGAAGACAUGCCUAGAAGGAAAUGUGUCACAGUGAGUCUAAAGGAACUGAUUCAGCAAGAAAAACAGCGUGCUAUAGAAGAGAAGAAGAGAAAGAUUGAAAAUUUUAAUAAUACCAAGAUCAUGUUAAACAAUAUGCAAGAUCUGCAAAGCAUUAUUCAGAUGAAGAAGAAGAAAAAAGUCAAAAAGGAGGCCCAUCAGGCAGAACCCGAAGCAGAAAUUAUAACUGGGCCCAUUGACACUCCAAUGUUUCUGCAGGCUGCCUCUGAAAACAAAAUGGCAGUCAUUGACCUGUACCUUGCCCAAGGAGAGGACCCCAAUGCCUGCAAUGAGCUGAAUGUUACAGCCCUACAUCGAGCAUGUCUUAAAGGUCACAAGGACAUUGUAGAGAAGUUGCUUGCAGCUGGAGCAGCCCUUGAACCACAGGAUAUGCUUGAGAGGACCCCUGUGCAUUGGGCCUGCCGUGGAGGACAUCUAGACAUACUAAAACUUUUACUCAACAAAGACGCCAAAGUUAAUGCAAAAGACACGUUGUGGAGUACUCCCUUGCAUGUGGCAGUACGGACAGGUCACUGUGACUGUGCAGAACAUCUGAUUGCCUGCGGGGCAGAGAUCAAUGCACGAGACAAGGAUGGAGACACAGCAAUGCACGAUGCAGUUCGAUUAGGACGGUAUAAGGCUGUCAAGAUGCUGAUUAUGUAUGGAGCGAGUCUAACAAUAAAAAAUGAUGAAGGAAAGACGCCAAUGGAGCAGGUUCUGCAGUGGCAGACAAGUGUUAAGCAAGUCAUGCAGACGUGCAAAGAACAGAAUGCCUCGAGUCGACAGUCCUGAGAUUAGAAGGAAUAGUGUUCAAGUAAUAAAAAAGGAAGUGACAUUUGGAAGACAUAAGAAGCUGCAGGCAGCUGUUUUUGUGAACAAGAUGUUAUUAUUGUAUUUAUUAUUUAUUUAUACAGUUUGUUUCUUCUAUGAAUGUUAGAGAAAAAAGUGCAAAGGUUCUUUGUACUACAUGUACAUUUUGAGGAGGGGCUGAGCUCUUUCCAUUAGAAUUAUUGUACUUUGCUUUUUAUGAAACAUUGUAUUCAUUCAUAGCCUAACUUAUUGAGAAACUGCUUUGUAUCUAAGAUGCAGUGCAUGUCUCAGAAAUGGUUAGCCCCAUUGUUGGUAACAGCAAGGGCCAAAAAUAGUAAAUUCAGAAAAGAGUUUGUGAGAUUGCAUAAACCUUAUCCAGUGCACAGAAAUCUGAUGUACUGCUGAGAGAUAUAUAUGAAUUGUAUUCAGAUUUUAUAAAUCAAGUUUUAAAUUAUUAUACUGACAAAGAAAGAAGGUAUUAGUCUUUUCAAGUGUGCAAUGUCCUAUCCUAUUUUGUGUAUCCAAACAGUCACAGAAAGUUGAGUAAUACCAUGACAUUUCUGGUUAUGUGUUAUAUUGAUGCAGUGCCACUGUGCCUUUUCAGUCUGAAUGAGCAUGCUUUUUGGAGAUGUUCUGUGCUUCACUGUGCAGAUGGACAUUAUUGUAGUCACCUUAUGAACCACACCCACCACACUUCAACCUCAAAGAUGUCAGUGCCACAUGCCAGGACUUCCAGCUACUUAGCUGGUAGCCCUGAGGAGACUUUACAAUGGGUGUAUGCAAUUGAUAAAUACAUGUUAUUUGUGCAUUUCUGUAUGCAUGCAUAGGAUAUAUGCCAAAUAUGCUAUGUCAGGUGCUUUGUCUUCCCCCUGAUGAACACCAUCACAGAAUUAAUCUUACCAAAGCUUAUGAAGGGAUUCUUGUCCUUUACUUAUCUGAUUCUUUCCUCACUUGCUGAAUAUGGAUGACAAGAAAGAAGAAAAGUUAACUAAUGGAAAUAGAUACACUUUGAUAUGUGUGACCUCCCCGUCUAGUAUUUCCACUAAAGGUAGAUUCUUUUCCAUCCCAGAUCUCACAAACUGUAUAACAAUUUUGGAACCAGAGGGGUGUAGGCUGCAGAAUAUAUGAAGAAGGUUCGUCCUAAGAAUAGUAGCUGGAGCCAGAAGAAGUGUAUGGCAGCCAGCUACGACUACAAGUGCAGGAUAAGGUUUUAAAAAGUGACAUCCUAUAUGCACUUUGCAGGGUAGCAGGAUAUGAAUGUAAUUUCAGCCCCAGUUUACCUUCUAGUCAUUUAGAGGAAUCUCUUGAACAACCAGUUCUCCUGCCUUGAAACCAAAGUAAACAUUGUCAUUGUGUCAUUUAUUAUGUAAAACAAUCAUUCUGAGUAACAGACUCAUUAGGAUACUUUUAAAAUACUUAUAAAAUACAAGAACUCUCUCCGUUCCUAUGGUUAAUGCGUCAUCCUGCUAUGAGCAAUGUGUGUUAAUACCACUGCUGCAUCUGAGAGUCUAAAACUGACAGCAUGCGUAACAUUCUAGGAGCUGUAGUUUUGUUAGAUUUAAAUGUACUUAUAGCUGUGUAUGAGUUCCUGUUGAAGGCAUUAAGUGGAUAUAUGGCAGAGACGAGUUGUAAGAGAUAUGCAGUCAUUCAGUAAUUUCAAAUGAAACCUGGUGUGAGACUAAGAACGUUGACAUUACUGCUAAUCUGCAGGAAGCUGAGGUCUCAUGCAGCAGGAUGAAUUUGGGGAGCUGUUAUCAAUGACAGUGAUAUGGUGCUGUUUUGUAAGCAAACAAUAUGAAGCUGCAUUUGCACAAACCUUCUGAAGCUGCUCUUUUCUGGGGAGGGGGCAAAGGUUCCACACUGCCUAGGUACGGAUCUUUUCUCCCUGCACUCCUUUAAUUAACAUAAUCAAUUUCGAAGUCUCUGUAGCUUAGGAGAAAGCUGUUCUACAUACAGCACAACCUCAUUUUCUCAUAAGGGCAGUUCUUACAUUACAUUACAUCAUUGUGCUCUCCACAUAUGGCUACCUGUUGAUUCAGUCCACUAUUUAUUCCCGGGAUUGACCCCUAGAGAAGAGUAGUGUGGUUGAGUCACCACAGGGAGGUGAACAAGCUAAGGCCUAUCCCCAUCCUAACCAGGCUCUGGUGCCUGAGAUAUUAGCUAAACUCAGUUCACCGGUGAAGCAGACAGUUUCUUUGCACCCACACCAGUGGGAAGCACAUUUUCCUCUUUUAUUGUCCCUGGACCUCAGCUGCAGUAAUCAUUGUCCCAUGUGUCAAGACAAUGUAUUUCAUUUGAAUUGUAAGACAAGAAACUAACUUCACAAAUGCUACUUGUGCCAUUUGUUUGUAAACUAUGAAGAUAAUUCUUUGUGAGGUUAUAUUUGUUCUUAGGCCUGUAUUUAAUGUUUAUUGUGGAAAGUUGGUAUUAAAUAUUUAAUUUACACUAUGUAGGUCUAUUUUAUAAGUACUACAAAUCACUUCAGGGUAUAUAUUUAGUUCUUAUGCAAACAUAAAGGUAAAAUUCAUUUGGCUUCUGACUUUCUAUUUUAUGUGUCUCCUUAGUUGUGUGACAGUGCUUAUCUAAUGCACAAAGUUAUAUCUGAGUAUAUUUAAUUAAUUAAUAUAGACCUGUU